UAAAUUUGACUUAGACUGCUGACGUGGCCAUGAAUAUAAAAUCGAAAUCUUUAGGUGGAGUAUGAAAAAUACGUGCCAUAAAUAUGCAUCAUGUUUGCAGUUAGUUCUACUACGUAUUCAUAUAAUUUCAGAGUUUUAUCAGUUCAUGCACCAAUAUUUUGCAUUUGGCCUAGUGCCCAUCUAUGCAUAUGCAUUUUUGUUUAAUUAUUCUAUGGUAUUUCGCAUAGGGGUAUACCGUUUCCAUAAAAACAUUGUAAUUACCUACAUUUUUUUAAUUGAAUGUUGGUUACUCAACAUGAAGUGGCUAAGUUUCGGUGUGCCUUUAAUACUUUGGCUGCCAGGUUUUUUGGCGACCUUUAAUCCUUAUAAAUAUAGCAUGGAACUGCUCAAGCAAGAACCUUUCUCAGGAUCUUACACGAAAAACGAAGAAGCUUAUGUUGAAGAACUUUGGAUUGACCAAAAAAUUGACCAUUUUGAUGAAGACAACAACCAAACUUGGAAAAUGCGUUAUUUUCGCAAUGCCAAGUAUCAUAAGCCUCAAGGACCCAUCUACAUUUUUGUGGGGGGUGAGUGGACCAUUAGUCCAGGAUUAAUGAGCACUGGUUUAACUCACGAUAUGGCUGUGGAAAACUCUGGAAUGCUUUUCUACACUGAACAUCGCUAUUAUGGACUAAGUUUACCCUUUGGAAAAGAGAGUUUUCAAAUAGAUCACCUCAAGCAACUAAAUCUCCAUCAAUCAUUAGCUGACUUGGCUCACUUCAUACGCCACCAAAAGUCGGAAAACCCUGAAAUGCAAGACUCCAAAGUCAUUUUGGUGGGUGGCUCAUAUUCGGGCAGCUUGGUGGCUUGGAUGACUCAACUGUAUCCGGAUUUAAUAGCUGCCAGUUGGGCUUCUAGCGCUCCAUUGUUGGCCAAGGCGGAUUUUUAUGAAUAUAUGGAAGUGGUAACCCGGUCUAUCGAACUCAGUUAUGGUGAAAAUUGCUCACUGCGAAUUGAAAAGGGUUUAAAAUACUUGGUUAUUUUUGAUGGCAAUAAAAUUCAGGAUCUGCUACAUAAAUUCAAUGGCUGCAAGGAUUACAAUCCAGAGGAUGCUUUAGAUAGAGCAGCUUUUUUUAAUGGUCUAGGCAACUAUUUUGCUUUGGUGGUGCAAAGUUAUAGUGCUUAUAUACCACGUCUUUGUGAAACUAUAAUGUCCUCGGACUCCAAUGAUGAGGUUGCUUUUUUAAAAUUCUUAGAACUACUUUAUUCAGAGGGCAGGCGAUCCAGUGAUUGCCAGGACUUUGGCUACUCGUCCAUGCUAGAACUUUUCAUCGAGGACACAGAUCAAAGUACCGGAACUCGUGCAUGGUUCUACCAAACUUGCAAUGAAUUUGGCUGGUACACUACCACAAAAUCGAAGUCCACCUCGUCCGAAACCUUUGCCAAUCAGGUGCCCUUGUCCUACUUCGAAACACUUUGCCAGGAUGCGUUUGGCGCGGAGCAGACUGCCCAGAAAUUGGCCGACGGCGUUGAGCAGACGAAUAGCAAAUUCGGCGGAUACGGGUUCAAUCAGAGUGAGCGUUAUGCUCAGGUAAUCUUCACGCAUGGCCAGCUGGAUCCGUGGGGUGUUUUGGGCCGGCAGACGGGCCAAAAGGCUAUUGUCCUGACGGGCUACUCGCAUGUGGAGGAUUUGGCCAGCAUCCGGAUAACGGACAGCGUGCAGAUGAAUCUGGCCAAGCUGCGUGUGAUGUCCUUUCUGCGGAGCCACCUAUGAAUCAUCCCGGCUCCAGCCUCUGAUCCCGAUCCAGUUCCACAGCCACUCGAAUGAAUUAUUGAAUAAACAAGUGCGUCGUGUGAUGAGCCCAUUUGAAAAUGUCGAGGGAUCAGCUCCGGUCCUUGGGUCCUCUUGUCCUUUGGCAAACAGGGACAAAUUGAGUGAUGCUCGGACACUAAGUGAUAUGUCUGGCCUGUUGGGGUGUGCAAACAAUUUUCUCGAAUGCGGCUUUCUUGUUGAUUAGGAAAUUGCACUUGUCCUUUGGCCUGUGCACUUCCCCCACGUUUGUUUGUUUUGGCUUGAUUGGUAGAUUAAGGGCUCCAUUGAGUGGACACCUACGCCGCCACUUAGGCGAUGUUUGUGGAAACUUUGACUUGACCUGCAAUAAAAUGUGAGUUACGAAACCACGUUUUCUUUAGCAGCUUA